GUGAAGAAGAAAUAAAAGAUGCCAAGGAUGAAGAUUUUCCAGAAGGGACUUUGAGUUAAAGACAGCUUUUUAUACUUGGCAAGUGUUGUCAUCUGUAAUGAAGAUCAUUGAGAAAACUGAAUGAAGACUUUUAACAUUGGAUAUGGAUAGGAGGUUUAGAAAAGAAAAUUAAAAUUAGUCACUUUAGUUUUAGUGUUCCAAUCUCAUAAUAUUUAUUCUUUCUUCUGAAUAAAUUCAGGGAACAGAAACUAAAAUUCAUUGCUAUCCUAAUGGACACAAAUAUUUGUUCUUUGUGUGUGUGUGAGAGAGAGAAAAGCAGCUAACCAAGAGCUAUAGUGAUUCAUAAUGAAAUACACUAAAUUGAAUUUUAUGAUGUCAGUUCUUGGCAUUGUAAUCUAUAUAACUGAUUUAAUUGUGGACAUCUGGGUGUCUGUCAGGUUUUUCCAUGAAGGACAAUAUGUUUUUGGUAUUUUAACAGUAAGCUUUAUGUUCUUUGGAACACUUGUGGUUCAGUGUUUUAGUUAUUCUUGGUUCAAGGCUGAUUUUAAAAAAGCAGGCCAAGAAAGUCAGCAUUGUUUUCUUCUACUUCAUUGCUUGCAAGGAGGAGUUUUUACAAGGUAUUGGUUUGCCUUGAAAAAAGGUUAUCAUGUGGCUUUCAAAUACAGCAGCAAAACUGAUAACUUCAUGGAAGAACAAAUUGAUCAGCAUAAAGAAGUUAUAGAUAGAAUGACUGAUUUGAGCAUGCUCAGGCUGUUUGAGACCUACCUGGAAGGCUGCCCACAGCUUGUUUUGCAGCUCUACACCCUUCUGGAACAUGGUCAAGCAAAUUUCACUCAGUAUGCUGCCAUCAUGGUUUCUUGCUGUGCUAUUUCUUGGUCGACUGUUGAUUAUCAAGUAGCUUUAAGAAAAUCCUUGCCUGAUAAAAAUCUCCUUAAUGGAUUCUGUCCUAAACUCACAUACCUCUUUUACAAAUUGUUUACAUUAUUAUCUUGGAUGCUGAGUGUUGUACUUCUUUUGUUCAUAAAUGUUAAGAUUGCAUUAUUUCUGUUGUUAUUUCUUUGGUUUUUAGGGAUAUCGUGGGCAUUUAAAAAGCAAACUCAGUUUUGUGCUUCUAUAAGUAUGGAAUUCUUAUACAGAGUUGUUGUUGGAUUCAUACUUACCUUUACAUUUUUUAAUAUUAAGGGACAGAACACCAAAUAUCCAAUGUUCUGUUAUUAUAUUGGAAGGGUACUGGUCACAGUGGGGAUAUUAAUUGUGUUUUGGGUUUGCCCAGUCUCUAUUUUUAAUUCAGACUAUUUUAUACCUAUCAGUAUCACUAUAGCUCUUAGUCUGGUCCUUGGAAUUAUUUUUCUUAUUGUUUAUUAUGGGACUUUGCAUCCAAACAGAAAUGAAGAAACAAAACCUGAUGAAAUUGAUGGAAUAGCAGCUGAAAGAGAUUGUAGAAUGAAGUAUUUUCUAAUGGAAUAGCUAUUCAUUUAUGAGAUCUGUUUUUUUAUUUUUUGUUUCAUUGGUUAGUAAAGAAAAUGUCAUAUGUA